CAUGACAAACACAUAGCCAGGCAGUGUCCGCUUCUUCCCACCUCCCCUUUCCCUUAUCAUGAAGAGCAACAAGCACUGUGUCAUGGAAUCGAAUCAGUCAUCCGGUCACUCAGCUCUGGGUGGCCGUGCUCAGGUGUACUGCGCGCAUGUCGGUCAGCUGCAGCCGUCUCCAACUGCACGGACCGCCAUACGCGUCGCCCACAUCAACACACCCACCACAAAGCAACAACGCUCUCACACACACUCCGAGAAGGACUCAUCCGUCCGGAGUGCUGCUACGCCGUCGUCUCGCUCAUCUCUGCUGAGUGCCGAGCGUCGACCAGGCCGCCUGUGUGGUGGACGCAUCAGCACCAUCUUGCUCCAGAGACCGUCCGCUAGGUGGGGGGUAGUUGGAUGAGGAGCACUGCGGGUCGCAUGGCGCCGGCAUGGGCAGCGAGGGGCACGGCCGCAGGUACACCCAGUGGGUCGGGCGCCGACCAAACGUGGCCUGUGUCGGCUCCCGAUGGACGUAUAUCUCGUCGUCGAAUGGCCGGGGAUGGGCCAUCUCAGCCAGGGCAGGCGACACAGGCCUUGCAGACGCCACCUCGUCUGUCUGCCGCACUGCUGGUCGGCGGCCGUCUGCUUCACCGGCUCUCAUGCUGACUGCUGACGGGCUGACUCUGGCACUCGCACGUGUCUUGGGCGGCUCGCAUGUGGCGUCAUGGCCGUCGUCAGAUGCCUCCACGCAGCUGCGGCUCGACCGGAUCAGCAGCCGACGGGACGACGCGCGAGAGAGCGGGCUGUCGGCAGCUGCUCUGUGGCGAUAAGAAGGAGAGGAAUCGGGGACGAAGUUGUUCAUGCCGCUUCCAUGACCACGGGAAGGCGGUGAGGCCUCCCUGCCCGACACACUGCUGGCCACUGAGUAUGCCGUCUGUGAGAGGGGGUCGCGGACGGCCUGGUCGCUACGCGUGGCUGCCCAUGCGGCAUCGCCCUGUCUGCUGCGAUGAGCGUCAGACAUCUUGUCAAUCCGAUGAGGGAGGGGGAUGGGGGUGCGGGCAGCUGGUGCGGCAGAAGGGCAAGGUUGGUUGGUGAAGACAGGGCGCAUGGGGGCCUCCCGGGCAGAUGAAGGGCUGGAUGACGGGAGGGAGAGGUCAUGCAGACGCCGUAAACAAUCUGAUGAGCCGAAAGACACAGCAAGGAACACACGUGUGUGCAUCAUGAGUUCUGCCUUAUCCAUUCAUCUAUCUGUCCACCCACCGAGCGAUCGCGAGAGAGCUGACAAGAUGGCUUUGGACGAGUCGUCCCUGCCCCCCUCCACCGCCCCCCGCAGCGCCCGGCCUUCCCCCCUGCCGUCGCCUUCGCGUGCCUCCCUGACGAUGCGCCUGAGUGUCCGGUCGGACAGCUCGUCUCCUGUCCGCCCCUGUAUCGCCCUCGUCGCCUCACACAGAUGCGUCAACAAGUGCUUCAACUCCCCGGCCCCACCACCACCACCGCCGCUCCUCAUCUCACUGUCUGGCAUCUUAGUCUCUCGCGCAGAGGCCGUUCUUCCGCCAUGUCCAUCUCUGUCCAGUGCCCCCCGCGUCAUGAUGGUCUCGCGAUCGGUCUUUCUCUCCUGCUGCGUGAUGUCAGGAUGGAUGCGGGGCUGCCGGGGCUUUGGCAGGGGCGGGAGGGGCGCCUUGGCGUCACUGAGGGUGUGGUCAUUGGCCUCUGUGGGCAGCAGCAGAGUGACUGGCUCCAUCGAAGGCGACGUCCGGCGGCGGGAGUGGUUCCACAGAGAGGGGGGGCUGCGGACGCCCCUGCCGUCAUCGAUGGGUGUCGAUAUGGCCCGCCGCUGAGACGCCGCGUUCACAUCCCGAACCACCGCCGGGUGUGCGACCGGUGCUCUCGUGACGGUCUGUCGAGGAGGCGCAUUGAUGGUCAUGGCCCCGACUGCAUCAGGUGGGCUGAGGUCCUUGCCCGGCGAUGCGGCAAGAGAUGGGGAGUCCAUCGCCUCCAUCAAUGCGUCCAGGCCAGGUGGUCGGGGGGACGGCUGGAGUCGCGCAUUCUCGCCGCUGGUCGCAACGCAUGCUGGCUUGGUGGGGAUUGGGGACGCAUGAGAGGUAAGGCCGGCAACAGAGGGGCUGGUGGGGCUGUACACCCACUCUGCUGGCGUCACCACUGCCGCAUCCUUAGACGACGUCCGCUCCGCAGCUGGCACCUCAGCCACGGUGUCACGAUUGACCAGCCGCGCCCCCUCCAUCGGCGUCUCGUGAUUGUCCCCAUCUCUGCGCUGCGUGUCCUCUCGGCCCUCCACAGCCCCACUGUCAGCGGGAGGCCCAUCAGCUGGCGGCAAUGAAGGACUCGGCAGCUGGGACAAGCCGGCAGGCCGAUCCUCUGCGCCGUCAGGUGCCCGGUGUGGCUCCCCGGCCUCAGUCUGCUUCACUGGGGGGCCUUCGGGUGGCGGUGAGAAGGGGGGAGGGGAAUCGGCGACACGUGACAGUUGCAUCUCGGUGGCAGGGGCGGGCACGGUGGGGGCCUCAUGGACGCGAGGGCUUUCGUACGGCGGUGGCGGCUCCAGAGCCCUGCCAGCUGCUGUCAUCGUGUCGCCCCUGUUGCCCGGCUGCCGUGUGAUCGCAGGGGGUGGUGAACGUGGCCCUUCCGGCGCUCCAUCAGUCCGCCCCGUCUCCUUCUUCUUCGCCGACUGCCCUUUGGCCCCCUCCGUGCUGUCAUCACCACCAGUGCAGCCGCUCACCCCCUUGUUCGGCAGGUCGACAAGCCGAGAACCAUCCUUCCUCCCGUCCUUCUCAACAGCCUGGUCCAUCUGCUGCCCUCCAUCAUCUCUCCCGACCGACACGUGCCCCGUCGGCUGAUGGAUGUGCACCACGACGCUGCUCCUGCCGUCAGAUUGGCUCGAGAGGGGAGGGAGCGGUGGCUGCAAAGCUGGAUGGGUGGGCAGUAUUGGGGGUGGCAGUGGGGAGGGUGGUCUGGCCAGCAGGUCGGUGAGUAUGUCGGUGUUGGUGCGAACGCCGGCCAUCGAUGGCGUCAUGCGGCGGCUGGUGGAUGGGGCGGGGAGGGGAGGAGGGGGCGGUUGUGGCUGUGGCGAGGGUGGCAAGGACGGCAAGUCGCCCUCGCUGUCCCCGUCUCCUCCCCCCUCACACACGGGGUCGCUGCACGAAUCGCAUUCCUUGACCUCGCCCUCGCCCUCGCCGUCCACAUCCAUGUCAGAGUCCAGGAGCUGCUGCCGCAGCUGCCUCAUCACGCCCUUGACGCCACGCCCCUGCUCAUCCCUAACGCCCUCACACAUAAAGGCCGCCUGCAGCCGCUCGGCCUUCUCCUUGGUCUGCACACACGGCAGCUGCAUCCUCACCGCUGAGUGAGCGUGGCGCGCCAGGGGGCAUCUGUCGAGGCCGUCCAGCACCAGGGUGAGGCCGGUGCGGUAGGUCUCAAUCACGUCACGCAGGUGCACUGGUGACAUGCCGCUACUGCUGCUGCGAGCACGGCUGACGGGCCGCCUAAGAAAAGGCAACACACACGGCAACCGACACAGAAUUUUAGUCACGAGCAGCGUCGUUCGUCAUCUGCAGUCAAUUGGUCUUUCUCACCUGUGUGAUGGUGUGGCCACCGGAUAAGGGCCAGAGGGGCGUGACGGCGGCCAUGCUGCCGAGCACGAUGACAGGUCAGGAGCCGUCCUGCAGUGCACCACAGCAUCCAUCCACACGCAAUCCACGGCAUGCAGAGUCCCUGCUUCUGGUGCAUUCUGAUGUAUUUCUGACCUCUCGAAGUCCCUGAUGUAUUCUUCGAGUCUUGAUGAGGCAGACAGGGGCGUCUCGAGGGGAGAUACAAGCGGCUCGCCAUAGGCAGGAUGCAUCGCGUCAGCAACUUCGACCAAGACUUCGCCUCAUUGCCGUCAAUCAACCAUCUCAUGCACCUCAGCGGACCAACACACGCCGCCCGCUCGAAGCCCUUCCGCUUCUUGCUUCUGU